AUUGUGUGUGAUUUCGAGAUGAUUGUGGAAAAGUACGAACGAACGUGCAUUUAAUCGUCAUAACAAGUGCAGCAGCAAAGGCGUUGUGAAUGUAGCGCAUUCGCGGUGUGGCCAUUGCGCUGGCAGAUCCCUAAUUGCUUCGGUGCCGUGAUGCGAGUUGCGUAUUAAUCUCCGCCCAGCCGAGACAGGAAGUGUCUCCUGCGAGGCCAUCCGGGCCGCCGCUGCUGCAAAGUGAACUAGUUCGGGCACGCACUUCCGAUGCGUGUGUGAGCGCGGCGCAAACGAAGAAAAGUGAAACUGCACUGCACUACGAGAGUCACGGUGACAUCAAGCGACGAACCGGUGCACUCGAUAAAGAAAAAAAAAUUGUGCCCCAGCGUAGUACAACCCGGAAAAAUUGCGUGAUGGUCUAGUCCGCGUAGCCCGUAAAUUGCUCAUCCUCAAUUAUGGUCCUUCGCGGUGUAAUAGACGCGUGCAUAAAUGGUGGUGACAAGGUGUAUGAUGUGCUGAGGAUGAGAAGAAAAAAACCCCAAAGAGAAAAUAUUAAAACUCAUAUUGCGAGAUGAAAAAUGUGGUGCAGAAAGUGUGAUUAUAGAGCCUACAAAUUCCCGAUAGCAAGUGUCUCAUUACAAGCGAAAAACACAACCAAUAACGCAAAUCAAAUUAAAACGUGACAGCAACAGGUCCAACGAAAAACAACACACCCUUUCCUCAGUAGUUACAGUGGUUAAAGGAAAAAGAACGGUCUCAAAAACCCACAGUAAACACAAGAUCCCAGCAAGAAGGGAUCACGCAAAACCGCUCCGUGCAGGUCGAUUAAAGAUAAUGACAAAUGAUUGCAGUCCUGUCGCAGCAAGGAUGCUACUUGCCCAGCUCUUCGGUGCCGUUAUCCGUUACGUGGCGGAUAAGCGUGCGUGCGAAACGGAAAGUGAAAAUUGUAACAAACUGCUGGUGUGUGCUAGUGACACGAGUGCGAAUGCCACAUCUGUCGAACGGAACGGCUUUCUGCCUUUAUUACCGACGAACCAGUUACUUUUCAUACCCUUUCGUUCGAUUCGCAUCCUCCGUAUCGUAAUGUCUCCGGCAAGAUACGAAAGAUAACACAGUUCGGGCUUAAUUUAAACCUCAAACAGACGGCCACAAAAACAACACACCAACAUGCGUACAGAACCUUAUCGUGGUUGUGGUACGCACGUAGAGAGCUGAGUCUGCUGAAGGUGCUCAAGUGCUGCGUAUCAUCUGUGGAGAACGCAAUCAUGUAAAGCUUCCCGACUCCCCAAUGAUGCCUAUCAGAAUCAGCGACAACAUCAGCAGAGUGUAUAUCUUCCCCGGUGCAGACGAGUGGUGAAGUGCAAUUUCCUAGUGACAUAAAUUGAACGUGUUUUUAGCCGUGUGUAGCUCCGUGUGUGUGUGUCUGUGUUGCGAAUCGCGUAGCGUUCAACAUUGUUGCGCUCAAGUGAAGAUUGUCAAGUGUCCAAAUAACAAUCAACAACAGCCGGUUGAGCUAACCGGAAGAAGCCGCGGCGGAAGAAAGUCACGACGAAAAGCGCCCGCCAACAAGUGAGAAGCAGUGAAGUGGUUCCAGCGCGCUGGUCGAGUGGCCGUGUCCACACACACACUGAAGUUUGACAGCAGUCCGACGCGUACGUACGAUCAUAUCCCCGGGCUCAGUGAGACGAAUCAUUCAACCAACAAAAAAAAAAAAAAACGCCGAUGACCGAAGUGAAGAAGAAGCAAAUGGUCAGUGAGAGUAAAUAAAGUGUCACGUCGAUGCUUCAACAGUACGACGAUGGAAAAGAAAUAGCCGUUUUACGUAAAGUGAAUUAUCUGUUUGUCUUCAGGAAACCUCCAAGCGCCGACGCCAUCCUUAACCGAAACCGCUUGAGCAAAACUUGAAAAGACUCCCGAUCUCGAUUAGGAGCAAUCAGGGGCGCAGGACCCUCCACUUGCUACAAAGAUUCAUUCAAGCCGCUGUCAUCUGGGGUGGCCUCCCGGGAUUUGUGUUUGGUAAAUUUUUGACAACCAUUUCGGAAGGUGCUUCAGACAGCGUAAUUCGUGUGUGGUAUUCGUGUGUGUCCGGUGGUUUUGUGUAGAAGCACUAUGAAGAGGGUUUCGAACAGAUGAUUCAAGCGGUUGAUUGAAGUUGAGCUAGUGCAUGUGUGAUAUUGUUAGUGUUCGUCGGAAUUUAAUUGAUAAUCAGGUCUCUGGAUCAUCGUGUGGACAGCUAUCCCGAAGUUAAGCGCUGCAAUCUGGUGUUUGGCACAAUCCGUCGCGUACUCGGAUUACGGAACGGCAAACAACACGCGGAAUGGAACAAGCCUCUGAAGGCCGGCCGACACUAAUCAUCUGCCGCAAAAAAUCGGCAAGGGCACAAAUUUAAUACGCCGUCGCUAGGCUUUAUCCCCCGUCCCGGUGCGUAUCGCUCACGGGGAGGAUUUCGGAGGGACUCGAUCCGGACUCUUGCUUCUUCUUCUAGCCUUCUGUCUCCCCCAAAAUCGACCUUCUAGUUUCUGUGUGUUUCGACUUUAGGCUAAAGCCUCCCUAAGAAAAACCUGUUACCGCACACAGCAACACACGGAACGGGACCAGAACACCCCGCCAAAAAAACAAGUAAGGUUUGUUAGCUGGCUGAAGACGACGGCGACGUUGACGCCCCCCCCCAUAUCUACUCUCGUCCCCGCGUGUCACAAAAGAGACAACAACGGCCGCAACCGUGAUCUGCGCGAAUGCAGUGAGGCGCAAGAUGCGCGAGAAGGAUCACUCACCGCGCAAGAUGUUGCCCAGUCCAAAGCAAGGCGCGGUCUAUCCGCUGCUCGGUCUCGGAUCCACCCUGCCGGCACCGUUCGAUCUCUCGCUCGUCAACCGGUCGUCCUCGUCGAAUCUGCUGCACCAGCAGCAGCAGCAACACCAGAGCCUCGCCGAGCAACCGCUCGAUCUGCGGGUGGAGCGCAAGAAGUCUUCGGCUGGCGGCGGCGGCGGCGGCACGUCCACCUCCACCUCGUCCGACGACGAGACGGAUCCGCCGCGGGCCAGCUCGACCGACAGCAAGCCCGGCAGCAAUGUGAUAUUCUUUAACGAUAACAACAACAACUCGAACAAUCUGAACAACAACCACAGCAAACCGUCCGAUAGUGAUAAGAGCCCGAGCCCUACCAACCACAACAACAACAACAACAACAGCUCGAAGUACACCAACAACAACCACAUCAACAUUAAGGACGAGUUCCGAAUAUCGAGCCUCGCGAACCACACCAACCCGAACGCCCUGUUUUCCGGACCGCCGGGCCUUAAUCCGCUCAUGCUGGAAGCGAUCGCCAAGGCGGGACUUCCUCUCCCGUACCGUGGGUCGUUUCUGCCACCUCGAUCCUCCUCCUCGUACAAUCUGCAGCGGUUAAAGGAACGGGAAGCACUCGCCGUCAGUCUAUCGCAGCUACGUCAGAGUGCGUCCAACAGUGGCGGUGGUGGGAAUGUCCUCAACAACAACAACGCCAACAUCAUCAACCACAACCUGCCGACCGGAGGUGCUGGCGGCGGUACGGCAGGCUCUCACGGCAAGAACAAGGAUCGGUACGCGUGCAAGUUCUGUGGCAAAGUGUUCCCGCGAUCGGCUAACCUGACGCGCCAUCUGCGUACCCACACGGGCGAACAGCCGUACAAAUGUCGGUACUGUGAGCGAUCGUUCAGCAUCUCCAGCAACCUGCAGAGACACGUGCGCAACAUCCACAACAAGGAGCGGCCGUUCAAGUGUGCGCUGUGUGAGCGAUGCUUCGGUCAGCAGACGAACCUGGACCGGCAUCUGAAGAAGCACGAAGCGGACGCAGCUGGCCUAGGCCUUGGACUGGACGAACGGCUGCGAGCGGCCCGGCGGAACAGUCGUGGCAUCCCGGAAGACUCUUACUUCGAGGAGAUACGAUCCUUCAUGGGGAAAGUGACUCAGUUACCGAUCCCGCUACGAUUGCAGCACCAGCAGCAACAGCAGCAGCAAUCACCUUCCUCUCAGUCAAACACCGCACGGGACAGUCCGUUCGGACGGCGACAAGCUCAACAGCAGCAGCAGCAGGAUGGACAAACCGAUACACACUCGUCCCGCAGCUCGACACCCUCGGACGAAGAGCCCGUCUCGCCGGCGGCAAGCCUCGGCAGCGUCCCGGACCAGGACAUCAAGAUGGAGACGAACAACAACGAGGACGGUGACGAACCCUUACAGGUCACCUGACCACCGGACGCACGCACACGUGUGGUCCCGCGGAUCUAGGGUGUACCUGCUGCUGCUGAUGAUGAUCAACGAUCACGAUCCAGAUGGUUCCUUCGACAGUAUUCGGCCACAGUACUAUCGCGCUGCUCGCACUUGCUUCGAGUGUGUGUGGUCACAGCCAACGUGUUUUGUUUUUACUACUACUACUACUACUACUACUACAACUACUAAACCCGCAAGGUACAAUCGAUCCUACAUCGUAGCGUAAGAAGUAUGGGGAAAAAAACCCUGGGCACUCGUUUGCCGGAUAUAGGGUGGGUUCGUUGCUAGUACCCUUUCGACUAGCACCUAAGUACCUUGUAUUCAGAAGGGUGGACUCGCAACAAGAGAUUCAGAUUACCAUUACCCAUUCGACCAUUACAGGUAGUGCGUUGCCGAAACGUUAUAGUAUUGCAGCGAGAGACGACCGACGAGAGAUUAUGAGAUUAGGAAUUAGGAAGGCACACUUAACACAACGCACAAACAGGCGUCUCUGCAAGUGACGGACACGGUGAUAAAAUACCCUGCUCGUUUGUAGUUUGUUAACAAAAAAUCUACUUGCCAUACCGAUCUUAUUUGCUCCCUGGAAAUCGACGUUUUAUAUGUUUUAUCGUGUUUAAUUAUUACUAUUAGCUACUCCCCAUAUUACCAUUUUAGCAUAGAACGAUUGACAGCUUGAUUGACAGCUACUGUUAUUGUGUAAAAAGCAACUGUGUUUAAAUGAUAAAAUUCCGCGUCCAGAUCUAAGCGAGAAAGUAAUCAUGGUACUCAAAAAACGAAAAGAAAUUGUAAGAACCAAAGCCAAAUGUAAAAUCUGCUCGCCUGAUCUGGAAAAAGUACGCCGAGGGAAGUAUAGUAGCGAAAUUUUUAACCUGUAGUGAAUAGUGGGGACGCUCGUAAGCUGACCAAACCUCCGAAUUGCUCCGGACACGAAAUAGGUUAGAACUGGCCGGACUAGCGAAGGUGCGUCCUUACAAAGUAAUGAUUAGUAGUGCAAGUGUUACAAGUAUUGUUGAGUUUUAGUUCUUCCUAGUUUGAUAGAUCGUUGCGUUGGAUAGUACCGUGCGUUCGAUGCACCGUGAGCUUAGCUUUGUUUGUUAAUUAGUUACUGUUAGCGAAUAUUGAAUUACCUAUUUUCCCGAAUUCCUCCCCUGCCCCGCAAAACCUUUCCCGGCAAGCGGCCAAACACAACAAUCGAACCAAGUUGCUCUAAUUAGGAUUGCCGCAAACAGCGGCAAGAAGAAAAUGGCGCACAAAAAACACCGACGCCAUCUGAUCUCCGAUAAGUGUAUGUCUGAUGUUAGGCAGUAGACUAGAGAUCGCACUCAACCCAGGAAGAUUCGGAGCGUGAUCAUAAAACGUUUGGAGGAGGGUUUUUAUCGCGCUAACUUACCUCUCGCGUAACUUCAAGAGCAUCACAGCUCGAACCAGGUACCGUUCGUGGUGGAUUUGUGUUUUCUUGGUAGCUGUGCGAUACAGCGCGUACGAUAAGCUGAUCGUGUCUUUCGACUGCAGCAGAAACAAACACAAAAAACCCGGUAGCCAUUAAACGUAGACCAGGUUGGAAUACAAAAGCGCAUUGAGGUAGCUUACCGAUUCCGGACAGCGAGAUGUGCGUCACCAGAUUCCGGUUGACAGAUAGGAGCAAGCGGUGGUUCGAUUGUCGUCUACGCGGAUCGCCGAUAGUCCGUGGCCUAGGGAAGCGAGAUUGGAAGACACACAUAUUUACAAUUAGAAAACCAAUUCCUACAUUACGCCACACGCACGCUGUUACAAAUUAGUUACCAAUUUAAUGAUGGACCAAGAUACCGGGCGAGAUUGUCUACGUCGAUAGGUCCCUACGGUUUCGCAUGAUCGGCACACUAUAGUUAAGAAGCUAAUACAAAGUGACUGGCAGAAGAAAGCCUGGAUCUUAAGCCCACAUAAACACGCACCAUCAACUCGUCUUCCACGUGGUCCUGCUACUUGAAGAAGCGGCAGGCAAAGCAGGUUGUUUUGUAAAGUAAUGUUUGUUUUAUUGUUGUCCUGAGAUGAUUUUAUCUGUUUUACACCGCUGUUUUUCUUGUACGUUUUUUUUUAUUAGUCCAAAUAUACACACACACGCGAAACGUCGUCGCGAAAGUAAGAGCAGUAAAAAGCGAGAAGAAACAGAUGAAUGCAGAGCGACCAAGUCCAUCGAUGAUGGCGAUGUGGUAGAAAUAAAGCGAAACUAAAUAGCACACUAAUCAUCAUAGUUAAACAAACGCAACGCGAAACGCGACUCAAUAAAGGGAAACAAAACACGACGCGCACUCACCAACUUAACAGAUAGGGAGGUUACUUUACGCCAUCUUUCUUUUUUUACCAUCACACGCUGUAGUGUGUGUGUGUGUUCCUUUUGUAAGAUUUUAUUUGUAUUCCCCGUUACCUUCUCUUAGUUUACUACUCUUAGCCAUUUCUUUUAGUGUUUCUCUCUUAGUUAUUUGAUUUGACUUCCAUCUUGUUCUUGUCCACCAAGUAACAAACACAUCAUCAAACCGCGCGACCUACACAAUUAAUUACCCGCAACCAUUAUUACUAUUAUAACUACAAGUACUUUUUUUUUGUGUCUCUUUAAGCCGUAAGAAAACUCAAAAACAACAAAUCAUACAAACAAAAAAGGACAAAACACCACACAAGCUUUAGUUAGUAAGCUACUCUUUCUUUUUUGUACAUGUAUUUAGAAACCUAUUACCGUUAUAAUUGUAGUGAAUGUGAGUAUCAAGCGAGAAUAAAUAUCAUGCACAAAUAGAUUGAAAAAGCAAAA